AACAUGAAAUAGCUAUUCCUUGCUACAUUAUCGUGACCCGUCGCCUCGUGACCUUCUGAAUAAUCUUCCUAAGCGCGAAGCCUCCCCAGAAGAAAGGGCUCAUCCUAUCAAACCAAUACUGUGCUGUACCCUUGGAUUGCAACAUACAUUCUAAACAAGGUAGCCAAGGAGCAGGCGCAGCAGAAUGGCUUUCGCGGCCGCGCUGGCUGAGAAGCGCGGGCCCAGAGUCGGCGACGCUGCCUCGUUGUGGAACUUCACGCCCGCGCCCGGAUGGAGCCGUGAGGAGGUCCAGAUCCUGCGCCUGUGCCUCAUGAAGCACGGCGUGGGGCAGUGGAUGCAGAUCCUAAGUACGGGCCUGCUGCCGGGCAAGCUCAUCCAGCAGCUCAACGGCCAGACGCAGCGCCUGCUGGGGCAGCAGUCGCUAGCAGCGUACACGGGACUAAAAGUAGACGUGGACCGCAUCCGGGUAGACAACGAAACAAGAACGGACGCCACGCGAAAAGCCGGCCUCAUCAUCAAUGACGGACCCAACCUCACAAAAGAGAUGAAGGAGAAGAUGCGCCAGGAUGCUGUGGCCAAGUAUGGGCUGACGCCCGAGCAGGUGGCGGAGGUGGACGAGCAGCUCGCGGAGAUCGCAGCGGCCUUCAACCCGGCCUCCACGUCGGCGGCGGCAGGGGCAGGAUCCGGGGCGGCGGCGGCUGGGCAAGCUGCGGCAGCUGGGUCGGGGGCUGGCGGAUCGGGUCAAGCUGCAACGGCAGCAGAUGCGGGCGGGGCGGCAGGGCGAGGCACGGGCUCGGCGGGCGGCGCUGCGGCGGCCGCGCCACCCCGCAACGCUCUGGCAAUCAGCACAGGCGUUCUGGCGGCGACGCUUCUCGACGCCAGUCUCGGCAACCUCAUGGCCCAGCCCACGGAGCAGCUCAGCGCGGAACAGCUGGGCCAGCUGCUGCUGCGCCUGCGCAACCGACUGGCUUGCCUUGUGGACCGGGCCCGCGGCCGCGCCGGGUUGCCGCCCCGCACGGCGCCGCGCUGGGCAACCGAGGCCGCCGCGGCGGCCUGCCUCGCAGCGAUGGCUGCGGCGGAGGCGUCUGCACCGCAGGCGCCGGCGGCGGCUGCAGGCGGCCAGGAGGGCGCUGCAGGGCCGGUGAUGGUGUCUGUGCCCUUCAGCAGGGAGGUGCUGGCGGAGGCGACCGCCUGCCGCGUGCGCAGCGGCACGGCAGCGGGGGCACGCGGAAACGCUCCGGGCGCGCAAGGGGGCGUGCGGAAGCGCACCAGCAAGGGCGGCAAGGCUAAGGGCGGCGACCGCGAGUGGUCGCCGGAGGGCGAGGAAAACACGGCCCCCCAACCCCGAGGCGGCGGUAAGCGCAAAUCCGGCGCGGUGGCUGGUGGCGAGGAGGCAGACGGCGUGGCGAGUGGGCGCGCCAAGAGGGCGUCUCGUCCCAAGCGCGGCUCCUCCAAGCACGAUCCGUACGUGGACGACAACGACUACGGCGAUGAGGGCAUUGACCCCUUCGACGUCGGGGACGACUUGGACGACAUGAACCCGCACGGCAGGUACGGCAACGGCGGCGGCCGCCGGGCCGACCCGUCGGAGGCCAUCAGCGCCCUCACAGCCAUGGGCUUCACGCAGAGCAAGGCCCGCGGCGCGCUGCGUGAGUGCAACUUCAACGUGGAACUGGCAGUGGAGUGGCUGUUCGCCAACUGCCUGUGAGCGGUGCAACUGGGUUCCUGCCAUCCACGGAAACCUAUUUCUUUGAGCGGGUUGAUGGACCAGGGGAGAUUAAGCGCGGGCAUUGUGAGCAGGUUGCAUCUGACGCCGCUGGGGUCUGUUGUCGCUGGGCAAGUUAGGGAAGGGACGCAAGGUUGAGAAAGCAAAAGGAUGAUGGACAAUGCAUGCGGUGAUGAUGGUCAGUGUGGCUGGACCAGGAGGCCUGGGAUAGCUGCCCACAUAGGCAGUAUCGGAACUUCGUCGGGCACUGCUUUAUACGCCCUGAUACUCCAGCGCGUCCUUGAAAGGGCUGCCAGCGCAAACGCUGCGCGCCCUGCGGCGGCGUCACCCCAACCUGUGACCUGGCAUGUCGUUGUGGGACCGGCUGAGCGUUGAUUGUGUGCGGGAGUGGGACAAGUCGGACCGUGCCUACGGCCGUGCCCCCAGGUCAACAC